GGCUGGAGCUGCGCUCGGGGGUUCGGAGCGCUGGCGCUGCCCGGACGCUGUCUGGUCCCCGCCAGCGCAGGGCACUUGGCGCGAGGAUCUGCGCGCCUCGCUCUACCCUCCCGAUGUUGCCGCCCAGCUGCUGAUCGCCUUGCCCCCUUCCCGCAUCAGUGUGGGGCGGUGAAGGUCCGGGUGGAGGCAGGAAGCCUCCUUCGCAAAGCGGGAAUGGAGGUAAAUUGUUUAACACUGAAAGACCUGAUCAACCCCAGGCAGUCCAGGCUAGAUUUUGCAAUUGAAGAUGGAGAAAAUGCACAAAAGGAAAAUAUAUUUGUUGAUCGAUCAAGGAUGGCCCCGAAGACGCCAAUAAAAAAUGAACCAAUUGACUUAUCGAAGCAAAAAAUCUUCACUCCAGAGAGAAAUCCCAUUACUCCAGUUAAGCUUGUCGACAGACAGCAAGCAGAACCAUGGACACCCACAGCUAACCUGAAGAUGCUCAUUAGUGCUGCCAGCCCAGACAUAAGGGACCGGGAGAAGAAAAAGGAACUUUUCAGACCCAUUGAAAACAAGGAUAAUGCAUUUACAAACUCUAUACAGCUUGUUGUUGUUGGGAACAGUGCUGUGGACGAAUUUGAAAAGCAAAGGCCAAGCAGAAAACAGAAAAGUUUAGGGCUCCUGUGUCAGAAGUUUCUAGCUCGCUAUCCAAGUUAUCCCUUGUCAACUGAGAAAACUACCAUCUCCCUAGAUGAAGUUGCCAUCAGUCUUGGUGUGGAGAGGAGACGUAUCUAUGACAUUGUAAAUGUGCUGGAGUCACUGCAUCUGGUCAGCCGGGUGGCCAAGAAUCAGUAUGGCUGGCAUGGACGGCAUAGCCUGCCCAAAACCCUGAGGAACCUCCAGAGACUGGGAGAGGAGCAGAAAUACGAAGAGCAGAUGGCUUACCUCCAACAGAAAGAGCUGGACCUCAUGGAUUAUAAAUUUGGAGAACGUAAAAAAGAUGGCUAUCCAGAGUCACAAGAUCCACAGUUACUGGAUUUCUCUGAGCCCGACUAUCCCUCUUCAUCAGCAAACAGUAGAAAAGACAAGUCUCUGAGAAUUAUGAGCCAGAAGUUCGUCAUGCUGUUCCUCGUCUCUAAAACCAAGAUUGUUACUCUGGAUGUGGCUGCCAAAAUACUGAUCGAAGAAAGCCAAGAUACCCCGGACCACAGUAAAUUUAAAACAAAGGUACGACGCCUCUAUGAUAUAGCCAAUGUUCUGACCAGCUUGGCUCUGAUAAAGAAAGUGCACGUAACAGAAGAGCGAGGCCGUAAACCAGCCUUCAAAUGGAUCGGGCCUGUGGACUUCGGCUCCAGCGAUGAAGAACUAGUGGAUGUUUCUGCAUCUGUCUUACCGGAAUUGAAAAGAGAAACAUAUGGCAAGAUUCAAGUCUGUGCAAAACAGAAGCUGACUCGUCACUGUUCUUUUAACACAAUUCAGGCUUCUGAGAGGAUCCAAAGGAGGGUGAACUCGGAACCCAGCAGCCCGUACAGAGAAGAGCAAGGAUCAGGUGGCUACUCUUUAGAAAUUGGAAGUCUAGCAGCUAUCUACAGACAGAAAAUAGAAGACAAUUCACAGGGAAAAGCCCUUGCCAGUAAGAGAGUGGGGCCUUCGUCAAGCAGCUUGGACCCUGCCGUUCCUUUCCCUGUCCUCUCUGUUGAUUCAGAAUAUUGUGUUAAUCCUGGUUUAGCCCACCCAGUAUUGCCUGUUACUCAGACGGACCUGCAGGCAUUCUCCGGGCAGAAUGGCCUGAAUGGACAAGUAAACGUCUCGCUCGCUUCUGUAGCCUCUGCCGUGGAGAGCUUGAAGCCAGCUCUGCUUGCUGGCCAGCCCUUGGUAUACAUACCCUCCCCCUCCCUGUUCAUGCUGUAUGGGAACCUGCAGGAGGGGCCAUCCCCAGGGUCGGGGUCAUGGUCAGAGAAGGAUGGCAGAAGUUCGGAAGCCCCAGCUGCAGCAGAGCUGUCAUCUGCACCCUUGGCUCAGAAGCGCCUCUGUGAGGAGAGGAAGCCUGAGGAAGAGGGUGAGCCAGCCAUGAAAAGACAAAGAAGGGAAUACGAAGACAGCCCCCUGUCGCUCGUUAUGCCCAAGAAACCCUCAGAUUCCACAGACUUUUCCUCUCCCAAGACUCUGGGCGGCAGGGCAUCCACGCCCCUCGAAGAUGCUCAUGGGAACAGCCAGCUCCCUGCUGCAAAGGAGGCUUCAGGAAAGGCUGCAGCAAACUGCUUUGCUUCUUCUGAGUGGGAAAAUCCUUCAGGAAAUAUAGAUGUUGAAAAGCCUUCAAAGGAAAACGAAAGCACCAAAGAGUCCUCUUUGCUGCAAUAUCUUUAUGUGCAGUCUCCAGCCGGAUUAAAUGGUUUCAAUGUGCUCUUAUCUGGCAGUCAAACCCCUCAUACUGUGGGCCCAUCUUCAGGUCAGCUGCCGUCCUUCAGCGUUCCUUGCAUGGUCUUACCAUCUUCGACUCUGGCCCCUUUUCCUGUUCUCUAUUCUCCUGCAAUGCCCGGCCCGGUUUCUUCCACUCCUAGUGCUCUCCAAAACACAGGACCUAUGAAUUUCAGCUUGCCUGGCCUUGGAUCAACAGCUCAUCUUGUCGUCGGCCCUGCAGCCAUGGUUAAUCCAAAGUCAUCCACACUCGCUUCUGCAGACCCUCAGCUCCAGGGUCAGCUCUCACUUAACCUGAGUCCGGUGAUGUCAAGGUCAAACAAUGUCAUCCAACAACCUGAGUCCCCCAUUUACGUGGGACAUCCAGUCUCAGUAGUAAAAUUAGAACAGUCACCAGUUCCAGUGACCCCCAAGAGCACCCGAUGCACACAGUGCGAGACCUUUUUCAAGACACCUGGCAGCCUCGGAGACCCUGCCCUUAAGAGAAGAGAAAGGAAUCAGUUAGGAAAUGCCAGCUCCGCCCAGAGGAGACUAGAAAUCCCCAGCGACGGGGCUGACUAACCUGCCUCUUUGCCAGGUGGGGGUCGGAUCAAACCACCUGAAUCUCCCCGUGUUACAGGCAACAUCCUAAGUAGGAUGCAGACCAUCCGGUCGUGAGCACACGUGUCCUUCCUCUCUCUUUCAUCCACUGGUUCUAUUAACUUCCCACCAUCAUGAAUCAUCGAUUUUCCUGAAAGUAAUUUUUAUUAAUUGUGCAUUUAAUACCAGUUAGAAUUCCGGCUGUCUGCAUGGUGUCACAGUG